AGAUUUAUACGAGAAAAAUAAUAAUAUCAAAACCCUAAUAUACAUCAAAGUUAAUUAAUUCGUCUUACGGCGAAUUAUAAAAAAGAAGAUAUAUAUCUAUUUUUCCAUAUAUAUUCAUAGAUGAAAGGAAACAAGAGACUUGCUGUAUCAGAUUCCACCCCAGAUACUUAUACUACUUCAAUUAAUAAGAAAGUUAUGGUACCGCAAUUUGGUUCACAACGGGCCGCUGAACAGAAAUCAUUGGGGUUGGGGACUUCAUCAUUGGAUAUGCGUCGGGCUGAAUCAUCAAGACAACAUGUGAGAGCUCUCAAUAACCAAUUCGCAAGUUGGGUUCAAUCUCAGUUACAAGAUCACCCGGAUGAGCUUUGGGAAGAUGGAGUACGUGAUUAUCUGACCCACGCUUCCAAUAUUCUGGAUAAGUUUAGCGAUGUUGUCAAUUGGAUUAAGGUAAAUUCAGCUAAGAGUGACAAUCUGUUUGAACAAGGGGCAAAUGCUGCUUCAAAGAAACUUGUUACAGAACAUAAGGAUGGUACAAAUGUAUCUUUUCAAGAAAAAACUUUAAAUUCGGCAAAGAAUGACAAUGUGUUUGAACAUGCUGCUCCGAAGAAACUUGUUACGGAAAAUAAGAAUAAUGCAGAUGGAUUCUUUCAAGAUAAAACUUUAAAUCCCCCAUCUUCUCAAUCAACCCACAUGUUUUCAACUCCAGUUUUUACACCUUCACAUACUGCUCAGAAUAAUUUUGUUGCGAAUGAUAAGGAAAACACAAAGGUAUCCUUUCAAGAGAAAACUCUAAAUUCGACAAAGAGUGACAAUUUGGUAGGACAUGGUGCACCGGCCACUCAGGCAACACCUGUUACAGAAAAUAAGGAAAAACCAAAUGUAUUCUUUCAACAGAAAACUGCAAAUGCUCCAUCUUUCCAAACUACCCCGAUGUUUGCAACUUCUGGUUUCACGCCUUCAUGGAACACUGGGUCUCUCUUUAACAAUCAAGCUCCUAUUUCGUUUGGCGGACAAAGUUCGAUUUCUGUAAAGCCAGAUGCUGCAAAUGAUGCGGAUGGCGAUGAUGACAUUGAGCAGCCAAGCAGCCCAUCUUUGAAGAAGACCAAAGAGGCUGGCAUCAUAGUAGUUCAUGAAGUUAAAUGUAAACUAUAUGUGAAGUCAACUGAUCCGGCGGAUAAAGAUGCUUGGAAAGAUAAAGGCACUGGACAACUAUCUAUUAAAUGCAAAGAAGGUGUUAGUAAAGGCACUAAAGACUCCAAACCUACAGUUCUUAUGAGAAACGAUGUGGGAAGAUUGUUGCUUAAUGCAUUGCUAUAUCCAGGCAUAAAGACCAACUUACAAAAGAAUUCCAUUGUUGCUAUCUUUCAUACCACGGAUGAUAAUGGGAGUGAGAAUGGCAAAGUUGUUGCACGGACCUUCUUGAUUAGAACAAAGAGUCAAGAGGAUAGGGACAAGCUCGCAGCUGCUAUUCAAGAAUAUGCCCCAGCUGCUUGACUAUGACCAGUGUUAUUCACUUGUUGGCUCAUCAAAAACCGAAAACAAUUGUGCACAAGAGGGUGGUUUUGUCAGCGGGCUAAUGUCGCAAUCUGUGAAACAGAAAGCCAAGUUAUGAAUUAGGAAAGCAAAAGGAUGCUAGUAGAGGUCAGUUUAUGUACAACUUGGGAAAUCCCUGUUUCAUAUUGUGUGUAUCAUAUAGAAUGAGAUACAAAGUUGUACCAUCGAUUGAGGCUUAAUGCGAUUAGAGAGCAGUUUUGUUAGUAUGUGACUUGUUUACCAUUUAACUUCAUCUGUAUCCUGAUUAGCCCAACAUCCAAAUUGUGCUUUGGUUUUUUUGA